CAAUCUUAAUGAUUGUCAAGAACUGGUUUAUGGCCGACUAUAAAAGACUCGAGCCUAGAGCCCAUCCAGUUAGUCUGUCGAAACAAGUAACGAAUCGCAAUAGAUAUUACUAUCAGAGCAACUAAUUGAACAGCAAACCCCGAAUAUGCUUAACCUUCAUUUGGCACUAGGCGCCACCUGCCUCGUGCUGCUUGGCGCUGUCCACGCCGGAUACAGCCAUCCUUGCAGUGGCUCGGGCUUCUUUUCCGACGGGGAUAAUUCUCAUGAGUUUUUUGCCUGCGAUCCAGCGCCAAAUGGUGGCUAUACACUCAGACACCUGAGGUGCCAGGACAAUAUGGUUUUCGACUCGGAACAGGCUAAGUGCAUUUAUAUGCAGCGGGAUGCAGUCCCAGCUGAUGGCAGCGACAUUGAGAACCCCACAAUACCACCAGGAAAUUUAGAUGAGAGUACUUCUGAGGUCGUACCACCAAGUCCCACUGAAGCUCCCGCACCUAGCGGUCCCACUGAAGCUCCCGGACCCAGCGGUCCCACUGAUGCUCCCGAACCUAGCGAUCCCACUGAAGCUCCCGGAACCAGCGGUCCCACUGAUGCUCCCGAACCUAGCGGUCCCACUGAUGCUCCCGCACCUAGCGGUCCCACUGAAGCUCCCGGAACCAGCGGUCCCACUGAUGCUCCCGCACCUAGCGGUCCCACUGAUGCUCCCGCACCUAGCGGUCCCACUGAAGCUCCCGGAACCAGCGGUCCCACUGAUGCUCCCGAACCCAGCGGUCCCACUGAUGCUCCCGCACCUAGCGGUCCCACUGAAGCUCCCGGAACCAGCGGUCCCACUGAUGCUCCCGAGCCUAGCGGUCCCACUGACGCUCCCGGACCUAGCGGUCCCACUGAUGCUCCCGGACCCAGUGGUCCCACUGACGCUCCCGGACCUAGCGGUCCCACUGACGCUCCCGGACCUAGCGGUCCCACUGAUGCCCCCGGACCCAGUGGUCCCACUGACGCUCCCGGACCUAGCGGUCCCACUGAUGCUCCCACACCUAGCGGUCCCACUGAUGCCCCCGGACCCAGUGGUCCCACUGACGCUCCCGGACCUAGCGGUCCCACUGACGCUCCCGGACCUAGCGGUCCCACUGAUGCCCCCGGACCCAGUGGUCCCACUGACGCUCCCGGACCUAGCGGUCCCACUGACGCUCCCGGACCUAGCGGUCCCACUGACGCUCCCGGACCCAGCGGUCCCACUGAUGCUCCCGGACCCAGCGGUCCCACUGACGCUCCCGGACCUAGCGGUCCCACUGAUGCUCCCGGAACCAGCGGUCCCACUGAUGCCCCUGGACCCAGCGGUCCCACAGAUGCCCCCGGACCCAGCGGUCCCACUGAUGCUCCCGGACCCAGUGGUCCUACUGACGCUCCCGGACCCAGCGGGCCGACCACCCCAGACCCUGACAUAAAUUGCGCAACAACUGGAUUCAUGCCCAAAAAUGGAAAUUGUAGCCAAUUCGUUUUGUGCUAUGAGGACGAUGAGGGCGAUAUACACCCGAUAGUAAAGUCGUGCCCCGAAGGAAUGCAGUUCCAUCCGCAGAAGAGAUUUUGUAUUCUAGACUUUGACUGCACCAAUCCUUGAGAAGUAAGUGAGCAAUUUGACAGAUGAAAUAAAUA